GGAGGAGGGCGUGGUCCCCACCCGUAGCGGGCAGGGGGCCAAGAUGCGCUCGCACGCGGACGACGAGGCCGAGGCCGGCAACCAGUUCCGGCGCGGGUUCAAGCCCGACUUGCCGCUAAAUGUGAACAAUGCCGGGAUGGCGCGGCCUAAUCAUUUGAAUUUGCAAGGCCUGUCGCAUGGCCGACCCGGGGGGAAUUCGGGACGAAAGAAGAUGCAGCUCACGUUCCAAGGAUCUCCGUCGGUGACUUUGCGAGAACCGGUCAAAUCGCCUGAAGCCAUCGAUAUCGAGGCGAAGCUACAUGAAAUCAUGAAGCUUACCGACAUUCUCACUAUAGAUGGCAGGAAAUACCGUGCCACCAUUGAAGAGCUUGAGCACCUCGGCGAUCUGGGCAACGGUACUUGUGGACACGUGGUGAAGAUGUUCCAUCGUUCGAGUAGAACAACUGUUGCUGUGAAGCAAAUGAGAAGAACGGGUAAUAGAGACGAAAGUAAGAGAAUCAUUAUGGAUCUGGAGGUUGUCCUCAAGUCGCACGACUGCCCUUACAUCGUAACCUGCCUCGGGUGCUUCAUCCGCGAAUCCGAAGUUUGGAUUUGCAUGGAACUCAUGUCCACUUGUCUGGACAAAUUAUUGAAGAAGUGCCGUCAGCCAUUCCCGGAAGACAUUCUUGGAAAAAUAUCCGUCGCUACUGUGAAAGCACUAAACUACCUGAAGGUGGAGCACGGCGUGAUCCACCGGGACGUGAAGCCGUCCAACAUUUUGCUGGACAAGAAGGGCAAUGUGAAACUCUGUGAUUUUGGGAUUUCCGGUCGUCUAGUCGACUCCAAGGCGAAAACCAGAAAUGCGGGUUGUGCAGCCUAUAUGGCUCCUGAGAGAAUAGAUCCGCCAAACCCGGACAGACCAGAUUAUGACAUCCGGGCGGACGUGUGGUCGCUGGGCAUCACGCUGGUCGAACUGGCUACUGGUCAAUUUCCUUACAAUGAUUGCAAAAGUGAUUUCGAAGUCCUUUCUCGAGUCUUGAACGACGAGCCUCCUUCUUUGCCUCCGGACGCCGGUUUUUCUCGCCAGUUCCAGUCCUUCGUCAGAGAUUGUUUGACGAAGGACUACGAGGCCCGACCGAAGUACAAGCGGCUUCUGGAGCACGCGUUCAUCAAGAAGUACGAACAGGAACACGUGGACGUGGCCUCCUGGUUCGACAACAUUUGUCGGCAAGCGGACCAAACCGCGAUGAACUCUUCGUCCUCGGUGAACAAUUCGAGCUCGAUGCGCAAAGACCAGCAGCCGCCGUUCCCGCCACACUUACACAGCAAUGCAAAGAAGUUUGUGUCGACGGCGGCGUCGGCGUCGCCAAAGAUCGCUCCGAAGCCGUCGACGCGCGAAGCUAGUGAGAUGUUCACCUCGCCGGACGGCCGGAUGUCGUCAUCGGGCUGCUUGAUGAUGGCAGCGUCCCCUCAUGCUACGCGUCGAUCGGCUCGGGACGCCAGUCCGGCGCCGCGUAGGAAAUUUGCUGUGGAAAACUCCCCCGUGCCUCCGAGACGGCUGUCACGGGAAAACUCGCCCGCGGGACCAAGAUCUCUCCCACCGCCGUUCAUGCCGUUUGGUUCGUUGCUCGGCCCAGGCACGGGUACUGGCAGCAGCAACGCAAGUUCGUCGGAGCAAAACACGCCGCCGUCGCCGUUUGUUCGACAAAACUCGCUGACUCGGGACGCCCCGUUUUACAGACAGUGCUCGUUCCGCAGCGACGGCGGUCAGUUUUUGCGGCAGAACUCGUUGACGAGGCAAGAGGCCAAUUCCAGCGUGUUUUCGCGUCAAGGUCCGCAACGGGCGAGUGCUGGCAUGUUACGACCGAUUCCGAGGCGCAAUAGUUUGUCGCCGACGGAACCCGGGCCGCCGCCCAGGGCCCCCGUUGCCGCAGUUCCUGCAUCCACUGGAAGCUGCAAUUCCUUGGGCACCGGCGGUUUCCCGCCGACCUCAACCGCCUAUUCGAACAGCAGAGAUCCGAGCCCGCAAUGCGCGUCGCGUGUUCCGCGCUCAGGCUCCAACUUUCUCGAAACGAACGUGACUUUCUAUCCGGGUAGAAAUUUGUACGUCGUCCAGAGAAGCAGGGAGAGCUUGGCGCAGGGUGCCAGCAACGGUGGUGGUGGUGGUGGAGGUGGCGGCGGCAGCGGCGGCGGGGGUGGAAACUCGCCAGGAACGGGUCCCGGUGGUGGUGGAGGCGGUGGGCUUCCGCCUCGCGCUGGUAGUGCCGAGCCGUCGUCUUCGGCAUCGUCGUUUGCUGGCGGCGGAUCCGCAGCUGCCGGCAUUGCUACGCACUAUAUGAAAAAAGGAGGAGACCGAAUCAGUGCGUGGCUCAAGCGGUUACCCUUCGGCGUAGAUCGUGGGUCAGCCAAGCCCAGCGGAAGUGAUCAGCAAGCACACGGGUCCGGUAAGUGGUUCCAGCCGUCGCCGAAUGCUCGACGCCGGUUGUCCGAUUCCACGGCCAUCGAGCCAGGCGGUGGCGGCGGCGGUGGAUAUCAUUCACAAAUCAGCGGCACCACUGCCGAUUUCAAAACUGGCGGCGGAGGUGGGGGUGGCGGCAGUAGUAGUAAUAGUAGUAGUGGAAACCACCCGCAUCCGCAUCACGUGAGUCGAUUGCAACACCAGGUGGCUGGAGUGUCGCUCUCUGAUGCCUAUUUGAAGCCCAAGUACACUCCGGAACCUGUGCGGAAGCACUUCUUCCAAUACUGA